CAGUAGGCAGUUGCUCACUGCAGGGUCCAUAGGGAUUUUUUAGGAGAAAGUAGGUGGAAAGGUAUUCUGGGUAGAAGAAAUAGCAGAUGGAAAGGAUAAUGGCAAAUGAAGGGAUAUGAGAGCCAGCUGCUCCCCGGGAACAACUUCACCAACGAGUGCAACAUUCCAGGCAACUUCAUGUGCAGCAACGGGCGCUGCAUCCCCGGCUCCUGGCAGUGCGAUGGGCUGCCGGACUGCUUCGACAAGAGCGAUGAGAAGGAGUGCCCCAAAGCCAAGUCGAAGUGCGGCCCGACGUUCUUCCCCUGUGCCAGCGGCAUCCACUGCAUCAUUGGCCGCUUCCGGUGCAACGGGUUUGAAGACUGUCCCGAUGGCAGCGAUGAGGAGAACUGCACUGCAAACCCCCUGCUCUGCUCCACCGCCCGCUACCACUGCAGGAACGGCCUGUGCAUCGAUAAGAGCUUCCUCUGUGAUGGGCAGAAUAACUGCCAGGACAACAGUGAUGAGGAGGGCUGCGAGAGUUCUCAAGGUGAGUGUGCCUGUGGACACAGUUGCUCCCUGGUGCUGUGUUCCGUCGUCCCUCUAGCUGGCCCACUGCGGAGGUGGCUGGGGGUGUGCUGCACAGAACCAGGCAGCGGGCAGGUGUUCGUGACCUCAGAGAACCAGCUCGUGUACUAUCCCAGCAUCACCUACGCUAUCAUCGGCAGCUCGGUCAUCUUCGUGCUGGUGGUGGCCCUGCUGGCGCUGGUCUUACAUCACCAGCGGAAGCGGAACAAUCUCAUGACGCUGCCCGUGCACCGGCUGCAGCACCCUGUGCUCCUGUCCCGCCUGGUGGUCCUGGACCACCCCCACCACUGCAAUGUCACCUACAACGUCAACAACGGCAUCCAGUACGUGGCCAGCCAGGCUGAGCAGAACGCCUCGGAAGUAGGCUCCCCGCCCUCCUACUCGGAGGCCUUGCUGGACCAGAGACCAGCAUGGUACGACCUUCCUCCACCGCCCUAUUCUUCAGACACCGAGUCUCUGAACCAAGCCGACCUGCCCCCUUACCGCUCACGGUCAGGGAGUGUGGACAGCGCCAGCUCAGGAGCAGCCAGCAGCCUCCUGAGUACGGAAGAUACCAGCCACAGCCCAGGGCAGCCUGGCCUGCUGGAGGGCACUGUGGCUCCCAGGGACUCUGCACCCAACCCGGACACUGGAGAAGUAUAAGGUCCAGCUAUUCCAAAGUCCAGAUGGGUCCAUCUGCUCCAAUUUGUUACUCUAACAACGGGUGCCCAUGGACUCGCUUUUAAGUUCCUUUGUGGGGGGUGGGCUCAAGCUGAGCAUGGGGCAUCGGCUGCCUCUCUAGUCCUCUCCUUCCUGAGAUGGUCUUCGGAGGGUGACCUGGUGUUUUUCUGGCUUACUGAUUGACAUGAAGUGUCGUAUCACAUCCUCUCUGCGGUCACUUUUCCUUGGGGGCCCACAAUCACAACCUCACGCUUCCCUUCAUUCUGUUAUGGUUGGAAUCCCUCCGAAUAGGUGUCGUGCAUCCGCAGGCAGCAGGAUGCGACAGUAUUUAAGUAUAGUCCUCAAGAACGCAGCUUCUGCUCCGUGUCGCAUGUCCAGAGGGACAGAAGACACUGGGCCAGAAUCGCGGAAGCUGCGCCUUAUUGCUGCAUUUGGGGACACGGGUAGGUGUCUGCCAGGAGACCGUCAUGGUGGCCACCAUGGAGAGUGCCCAGGUAUGACCCUCAAAACCUCCUUGUGUUACCUACAUGUUGCUGUCACUUUAGCAAAGACAGUGGCCAAAGGAAACUUUUGAUGUAAGUGAUGCCCUUCCGUGAUUGCCAGUGUCAUUUUGAUUUUGUGAAGGACUCAGAAACUGUCCUGGAUAGGUGUUGGCUUUGAAAUUUGCCCAAGAUCCUCAUGAGAAAGAAUUUCCUGGCAAUGUAGGCCUCACCUCAGCCUAGGCAGGGUGGCCCUGCUCUGAGCCUAUCUGAACUCUCAGCUUUUAGGAUCCAGGCUACCAGAGGCUGGGGCUGGCUUGCCCCACUGUCCCUGCCCUAGCUUCUGGAUUAUUACCCUCCCAGCUGACCUGCCAUAGCCCAGGGAUGAAGACCCUAUGUGAAUAGGCCAAAAAGCUGAUCCAGCCUCCAGCCCCGGAAGCCGCGCCCACCCUGUCUUGCUUAUGCCUUAUUCCUGCAGCCUCAGCGCAAGGCUCCCAAGGGCCCUUCACACCUGGGAGUAUGUUUGCCCUGUGCUUUUGGACUUGAGGACCCUGAUUUCUAGGACACGUGAGAGCCGUGCACUUCCGUGAGAGCUCCCAGCUCCCUGCUCCGCAUACACUCGUCUUCCCAGAAUCCCAGGACCAGCACCCUGAGUUAGCAUUAACAUUUGCUCCCACCCUCGCCUAACGUCCUCUUGGCUAACAUUGGCCGACAUUUAGAGAAGAGGCAGAGUAGCGAGUUGUUCUCUUUGAGCAACAUGGGCAACAAGAUUGUUUGGAGUCAAGGUUUUCCAUUUGGAUUUUUUUUUUAAUCUCUUAUAAAUGCAUUUGAAAUGGUGUGUUUGGUUUUUUCCCUUCUAGUUAAGGGACUAUUUAUAUGUGUAUAGGAAAGCUGUCUCUGUUUUGUUUGUUUUUCCUUUACUAAAGUCCAAAGAAAGAUGCAAAAGGAGAUCCAGCCCUUCCAGCCCAUAACAAGCCCCUCCCCAAUGCUAACCCGCUGCUCUGUUGCCCUUGGAGCUUAUUAUUUAUCCAUUCUUGAGGGGCGCAGGAAGAAUUGCCUCCCUCCUUCACAGUCUCUGCGUUCUUGCUAGUUCGUCCCUUCUGUAUGCUCAGCCAGCCGCAGGGCCCACCCCUGUGCAGGAAGAAUGGGUAAAAACUUGGGCAGUGUUUGGCAAGAAAACCACAGAAGGACAAAGCUCCACCCAAGAGGAGCCACCUUGACGCAGCUGUCACACACACUCAGGGCGUCUCUCCGUCACCCAAGAAAGGUCCGGUGACAUAUUUGAGGCUAAUGAAGACAAAGCCUAUUGCAGUGGGAAGGAGGUGGGCUUCCGAGAUCCUGCUCUGUAGACUUAGCCUUUUUCUGAAGCCCAAGCCAAAGUGAAUAACAGGACUGGCCACAUAGGCUUUUUGUGUGUUCAUUUGCUUUUAAGUAAAGAAUCUAGCUGCUUAUAUCUUUCAGUUUCAAAAUAGCACUGAGUUAUUUUCUGAGUAACCCAAUAAAGAACUUGGAUGGCAGACAGCGUGCCCGCUCACACCCGCCCUCCCCUGUGAGUCACUGUGGCUUUCUUUCCUCCCUUUGAUGGCCGCCUGCUUCUUUCUGGUGCUCUGGAAAUGGUUUAGAGAAAAGGAUUCUAAUUUUAAUUAAUUGGGCAGUGAGUUAAUCUCACGGCUGUUCUGCUUCCAGGCAUCUUAGGAAAAACAAACGGUUUUCGGAGAUAAGGAGAGCCUAUUAACUUAAAAAAAAACAACGAACAGGGACAUUUUGUUAUAGAUAUGAUUUUAAUGGAUUUUUUUAAAAAACAAACAUAUAAAUAGGACACCAAAACUACAGGGUUUUUGGGUCCCCCCUACUUAAAAUGUCAAAUAAGUGCCCAAUACUAUUUUUUAACUCAUUCCAACUAGCAUUUUUAAAAUACAUUGCCUAACCUACACCAACCAGAAUGUAAUCUCUGCUUUCUUUUCUCGUGAACGAGAUCAGCAUUCUACUUUAGCAUUAUAAUUGCACUGUGAUCCUAGCUUAUUGCCUGGCGCAACCCUACAAUUGACUUCUUAAAAUACAACUAAAUGGUUAAUAAUAUGUGAUGUUCAAAGUAACUCAAACUGGAAAGAUUUGUGUGGUUGCUUUUUGUUUUCUGCUUAGGCUUGGUUUUGUUUUUGUGUGUGUGUGUUUUUGAAAGUUUUUGUACUUUCCAAUAAACUUGCGGUUUCAUUCUUUCU